UGUGUGUGUGUCAAUGUGUGUAUAUGUGCAUGUUUGUGUGUGUGAGAGAGUGCAAGAGGGGGUGGGCUGUGUAGGUGGGGGUGUGCGAGUAGAGUCAGAAAGUCAGAAACCCUCACCACACCAGCUUUCCACUCGGGUGUAUUGGAAGGUUUCGGUUGCACCAAUGCCCCCCCCCUGGGACAAGGACUCUACCAUGUAUUGUGUCACACUCAGUGGACCAGCUCCCUGGGGCUUUCGACUCCAGGGGGGCAAGGACUUCAACAUGCCCCUAACUGUGUCAAGGCUGACCCCUGGAGGCAAGGCCGCCCAAGCCGGAGUGGGCGUGGGUGACAUGGUGAUGUCCAUCGCCGACUCCAACGCCGAGGAGAUGACUCACGUCGAGGCACAGAACAUGAUCAGAGCAGCAACGGACAGCCUCACCCUCAGCCUCCACAGAGGUCUUGGAGCUCCACAAGACCCAGCAAAGGACACGAAUGCUCCUGUCACCAGCCUACCAAAGUACUCGUUUGCCCCCAGCACGACUAUAAACAAGAUGGCGCGGCCGUUCGGCUCCGCAGGCUCCGGGCCUGUCAUCAAACCUGUGUCGUAUAAGCUUAACUCGGGCACACAGGUGCCCAGUAGCAUGCCCGAGCCGCACAAUGGCCAUGGGCCAACAUCAACUCCAGCCAUAACCAAACCGGCAGCGAGGCCAGACCCUGUCCCAGCUGCCCCGGCGCCCGUGCCCAAAGCCCCAUCCUGCCGGCCCCCGUGGGUGACGGACCCGGGCUUCGCCGAGCGCUACGCCCCGGACAAGACCAGCACGGUUCUGACCCACCACACGCAGCCGGCCGAGCCCACGCCCAUGCAGAACCGCAGCUCCAUCCUGCAGGCGGCGCAGCCCGGCGGAGGAGGAGGAGGAGGAGGCGGCGACGGACGCACCCCGCUCUGCGGCGCAUGCAACAAGAUCAUCAGGGGUCGCUACGUGGUGGCUCUGGGUCGCUCCUGGCACCCGGAGGAGUUCACCUGCUGCCAGUGUAAAGUGCAGCUGGACGAGGGGGGCUUCUUCGAGGAGCAGGGCUCCAUCUACUGCACCCGCUGCUACGACAACCGCUACUCGCCCAACUGCUCCAAGUGCAAGAAGAAGAUCACAGGGGAGAUCAUGCAUGCCCUGAAGAUGACCUACCACGUCCAGUGCUUCCUGUGUGCCGCCUGCAAGACGCCCAUCAGGAACCAGGCCUUCUACAUGGAGGAGGGCGAGCCCUACUGCGAGAGGGAUUACGAGAAGAUGUUUGGCACCAAGUGCCACGGCUGUGACUUCAAGAUCGACGCGGGCGACCGCUUCCUGGAGGCGCUGGGCUUCAGCUGGCACGACACCUGCUUUGUCUGCGCCCUCUGCCAGAUUAAUUUGGAGGGGAAGACGUUCUACUCCAAGAAGGAUAAGCCACUGUGUAAAAGCCAUGCCUUCUCGCCUGUGUGAGCCGACAAGACAGCAUCUCAGAAGAGAGGCCUUUCAAGGGGUGUGUGGGAUAGUGGCAGUCUUAGUGGUAUUGCACAUACCCUAGACAUGAUAAUAUAUGAUGUCAAUGGGAGAUGGUGCUUUGCUUUUAGGCAGGGUGGGGGGCACAGAAAUGGCCAAUGGGACCCCCCCACCCAUUCCUCUCGCCUUGAUGAGCUUUACCCCCCUACCUCACCCUCUGACUCUCUUCUGUACAAAGUGAACCAACAGUAUUUAUAAAACUUUUUUUCUUCAUUUCUUUUUCUUUUCUGUAGAGUCUUUAUGGCAUCGUACCACGUUUGCGUAUUUGUGUCGUUUUCGUUUUGCACCAGAUGUUUUUUUUUUCCUUCUUUUUGGUUUGGUUAUUUUACAUUUAUAGAAUUUGUUCAAACAGAAAGAAAAUGUACAGCAACUA